CAUUUUUCCAUUCCAAAUUUCAAAUCGAAGAAGAGCAGUUACCUUCUGUCUUCUGGUAACUCUCUGUCUCCAUCUCCAUUCUCCAACCCUGCUCGGUCGGACGGAUCGUCGCGCAGAUGGGCCCACCGAAGAUGACGGCGAAGGCUGGGCGCACGAUCUCGCAGGAGGCAUUCGACGAUCUGGUCAAGGAAAACAUGGACGAUCUCGGGAUGGACCCCACCGAGGCUCUCCAGGACGCCAUCCAAACCCUAUCUCUCCAGGGCGUCGAUCUCUCCGGGAUCGUCACUUGCGUUCCAGGAGAGGGUGAUGUGAAGGAAAACCCUGUGAUACAGUGUGUGGAUAGGUUGAAGCAGUUGGAUUCUGAUUUAAAGGAUCAAAUUAGCAAAAAAUAUUUGGAUGAAAUUGUGGAAUUGCUUGAAAAGCUUACGGAGCUGUGUGUUGUCCAAGGAUCAGGGAAUGUGGCCAUAGCGACAAGGAAUGGCGGUGUGGAGUUGCUUUGUUCUAUAUGUUCGAAGAUUCGAAAUGGGUGCGAGCAGGUUCUUGUUUCAGCUUUGAAGACAUUGGCGUCACUUCUUCUUGAUCUUCAGAGUACAGAAACAUUUCGGACUAGUGGUGGACCGACGACUGUGGUGGGCAUACUGAAUGAUUACAGUCAAAAUUUAGACAUCCUGAAUAAUGGUUUUGCGGUUGUUGCGGCAGCCUCAACUGGUAAUGAGGUUCUCAAAGAGUCAUUCAUGGAGUUGAAAAUUGCCGAGCUUAUCAUGCGAAUACUGAGUGAUCCAAGUGGGCUGAGUAAAGGCAGCAUCUAUAGCUUGUAUGAUACCAUACGUAUUCUGUUAACACCAGAUGAUAAUCGUGUUGUGGCUUCUCAAGUUUAUGGUUAUGCACGAAAUUUUGCAAAAAUUGGAGUUGCAGGAGCUCUAGUGGACUCACUACAUGCAGGAAUUAGCUCACCUGGUCUAGUUUCGGCAAGCAUCGCUUUAAAGGCCAUUACCGUCAAUGAUGAAAUAUGUAAAUCCAUUGCAGAAAAUGGUGGUAUUGAUGCAGUUCUUCGAUGUAUUGAUGACAGUGGUGAACAAGGCAACAAGAUUGUUGCUAGAGCUUGCUGUUCUUUGUUAUCCAAGUUGGCAGGAAGUGAUGCAAACAAGACUGCCAUUGUUGAGAAGGGAGGUAUGGAUAGGCUAAUCAAACUCUGUGCCAGAUUUUCUGAUGACCCUUCUAUCUUGCAAGAGGUAAUGUCUACUAUUUCUGUACUGUCCUUGAGAUCACCAGAAAAUGCAGCCCGUGCCAUUGAAGCUGGGGCAGGGGACCUUGCUAUUCAAGCCAUGGAGAAGUUCCCUGCGGCACAACAAAUGCAAAAAAACUCAUGCCUCAUGAUCAGGAAUCUUGCAGUUAGGAACGCAGAGAACAGAACUCUUCUCCUUAGUAAUGGUGUUGAGAAGUAUAUAAGGAAAGCCAAGCAAAGCCAUGAGAGCUGUAAGGAUGCUGCAAGUGAUGCACUGAGGGAUCUGGGGCUUGAUGACUACAACUUGUAACCCUUGCUUUAAAACUACAUUGUUCCUUCUAAAGCCAUACUAUUAUGUGCCCAAAAAUUUUGUUGGCCCAUUUUUCGUUGGGUUUUUUUUUUUUUCUUUUUGAGAGGCUGUCAUGAUGUAUCCUUAUUAAUGUUUCAAGCAUUCUAAUAUUUUCUGUAUGUCAGAGGUCUCAUGGAUAAAAUGGGACCUAUAUUUUUCUGAAAACUAAAAUCUGUAAACUACUUGUACAUGUUUCUGAAAACAGUUUUCGAUGUUUUCGUUA